AGAUGCCAGAGCACUUCACACCGUCUCAUCCCCAGACGCAGAGCAGCCCGAAAAACCGCGAGUCCGCAGAAUCUGAAGAGAGGAUCGCCGCACCGAUCGUCGAGAUGAAGUUAUUCGCCGCAACGAGUUUGCUAAUUACUCUCCUGGCCGCGGUCGCCGCCCGACCCGAACCCCCGGUGAACCAGUAUCUUCCACCGAAUCAACAGUUCAUUCCCGCCCAAAGACCCUCGGACUUUACUGGAUCCAACCCACCCCCUGCUAUGCUGGGAGGCAUUCAGUACUUACCACCGAAUUCCAACGCCUUUGGUGCCCACCAGGGAUAUGACGAUGGCUCCACCGGCGAACCGGCGAAGUACGAGUUCGAAUAUACCGUAAACGACUUUGAAUCUGGGAAUGAUUUUGGACACAGGGAGAACGCCGAGGAUGGCGUUGCUCGCGGCAUUUACUACGUCCUGUUGCCGGACGGUCGCAGACAGACGGUGGAAUACGAGGCCGACGAAAAUGGCUUCCGGCCGAAGGUGACGUACACGGACGAGGGAACCAGGGGCGGAAAUGCCGGAGGAAACGGGGGCUACGGAUACUACUGCAGAACUUCUUCAUUUUGCGCGAGCGUUAUGCCAAAAAUAUACUGCGUCGCCUCGGGCACAUCUACGCUGUUAUGUUGCAAGUGUUUAAAACAGGAAUUGCCGAGCACGAUGACGAUCUUCACCAGUUCAGUGACAGCGGAUAGCAAAAAAAAUAAACCGAGUUCAUUCCUGAAUAUAAACAGUACGAAAUACGAAAGAGUUUAUUGUGGAGGGGGAGACCGUGAUGGAUGGUAUAAGAAUCCGCGAUCGCUACCGAAAAAUCAAAUCAAAUUGUGCAUCCCUCGAAGAAGCAUGAAGGUAUUCCUUGCCCUGUGUCUCGUUGCGGCGGCGUCCGCCAGCCUGGAGCCUGCCGGAUAUCGUCCUCCAGGUUCCGCUCCCUCGACGCGUUACCUGCCUGCGAGUAACCAGGCGUCAUCGGCCCCUCAGCAACCGUCGGCCAGGUACCUGCCGGCCAGUCAGUCGGAGAACCUGGCUACCCUGGCUCGUUUCCCAGCACCAUCCAGUGCCUAUCUUCCUGCCAACAACUACGAAGCUCCUGCUCGAGCCUCCCCGUCGUCCUCCAGGUUCUCCAGCGGCCCGUCCGCGUCCUACGGAGUCCCCGCUUCAUCGCAGUACUCGGCGCCGGUUGCUGUUCCCGAAAAUCGUUACCUCCCGGCCACCAACGCUGUAAACGGAGGUGGCGACUCAGGAUACGCCUACGGAGAUGCCGAAAAUUCAGAACCCGCGAAGUACGAUUUCCAGUACGAGGUGAAGGACAACUACGACAACGACUUUGGACACCAAGAGAGCCGUGACGGCGACGACACCAAGGGCAUGUACUACGUCCUCCUUCCCGACGGACGCAAGCAGAUCGUCGAGUACACGGCCGACCAGGAAGGUUACAAGCCCAGGAUCUCGUACGAGGAGGCAAGGCAAGGAUACAACAACGGAUACAAUCAGAGAAACGGUCAAGCUGGGGGAUAUCCCGAAGGACCUUAUUAGAAGUGAAAUAUAUUCCGCAAUGGUGGCUUGAUGAGUAGACACGUGAUAAAAACGAUCAUGUAUUUUAAUGUACA